AUGCCCUUCAUCAGGGUCUUUUUUCCCCAUCAUCACAAACAAACAGUCUUUCCAUUCAAACAGAUCAAUCGAAACGCAAAGCGAUAUCCUGAAAACUCACUACCCGACUUAAACGAAAACAGUCUCUAUCUAUUCUACCACACCGUCGCCAAAACCAAGACCAAAAUGCGCCUCUCCGCAAUCUCACUUACCCUCCUCCUCACCCCCCUCUCCCUCGCAACAGCAACAAACCUUGCCGCCGAAUCUAACGAUGCACUCCUCAAGCGCUCCACCACACCCAUGAAACCCCUCAUGGUCCGCACUCCCGGCACAACCCCAGCUCACAUGCUCGCGCGCUCCCCCAACCCGCAAGACAACGUCUCGUGCGCCUCGGAUGAACGCGUCUGCGGCCGCGCCUGCGUCCCCGAGGACUACAAUUGCUGUCCGUCAAACGUCUCCGGCGGAUGCCCGCGCGACGAGGAGUGCCAGGAGGACGACGACCGGUGGGGAUGCUGCCCCGAGGGCGAGGACUGCUCGUGGGAUGAUGACGACGAUGACGACGACGAUGGGUUGUUUGAUCGCAUUGAGGACUUUGGUGAUGAUGUUGCUGAUGGCUGGAAUGAUUUCUGGGAUGGGGAUGAUGAUGAUGCCGCCGGGAUGUUGAAGCCUGGUGUUGGGGUUGCGUUGGCUGCGGCUAUAGUUGCAGCUGUUUUGCCGUACUAG